AUGGGUCAUACACAACAAACAGCUUGUAAAUCAAUCGGUAGUAGAAUAACUCGUCGAACUGCUGCCUAUCAAGCAUACGCUGAGCAACGACAAGCUCAAGCUCAAGAACAAGGGCGAGAAGAAUUAACGGAAGAAGAACUUGCAGCCGCAGCACCGGUUGAUGUCAUUUAUGAUGUCAGUUAUGAAAGUUCAUUUUAUGCUCAUUAUUUUACCGCUCAAGCAACGACAACAGACAUGUUAGUACCGUUAUUUGGUGUGGCUACAACGAUUAAUCCAUUGGAAAAUGGCAAUCAAAAUGUUGAACAUUGGCUCAGUGUAAAUUUGAACAGUCGCUUCGAUGGUCCAGGUAUUCGUUCAAAUAAUAUUCGACUCGAACUUGUUAUAACACUUGAUGUAUCCGGUUCGAUGUCUGAUCGAUUCGAAGGUGAACCAGGUAAAACAAAAGUUCAAAUUGCUCAACAAUCUUUAUUAACACUUCUCAAACAACUUUCACCUGAUGAUGCACUCGGUAUUGUACUCUUUAAUAGUACUGCAACAGUUUUACAUCCCAUCGAAAAAGUAUCGUCAAUCAAUAAAGAACAAUUGAAAGAAGAUAUUUUAAAACUACGUGCUGGUGGUGGGACAAAUAUUACUGAAGCAGUGAAAUGUGCAACUGAUCUAUAUCAUACACGAGAGAAGAAUAAAGAUGAUAAUCACAAUAUCAGUCGCCGAAUCUUUUUCCUCACCGAUAUGGAAGUAUCACGUGAAGAUGGACACGAAUUUUUAAAACAUAUUAAAGAUAAUGCAGAAAAUGAAAGAAUCUGGUCAACUGUUGUUGGUGUUGGUCUUGAUUUAGGAACAGAAGUGAUUCAAUCAGUAUCAAAGACGAUUGGUUGUAAUUAUUGUAAUGUUCGAAAUGCUCGAACGUUUGAUCAAUUAAUGAAUACACAAUUUCAUUAUACAGUUACACCAGUUGGAUUUAAUAUUGAAUUUCUAUUAAUGGGAGAACGUUAUCGAAUUGGACAAGGUUAUGGUUCACCUGAAGUCUAUAAAUUCGAAGAUCAAAUAACUCCUCGUCAAUCAAUAAAAUUAGUUAGUGAAUUUGCAUUGCCAAUGAAUAAUCAAAAUGAAGUACGUGGUGGAUAUCUUUUAUUUCAAAUGAUUGAUUUAAAAAAAGAUCAAAAUGAUCAAUUAUUUCGAAUGCAUACAUCAUGGGAUACUCUCGAAGGUAUAACACAAACCAAUGAACAGGAUUUACAAUUUUCGAAACAAAUCGAUUCAUUUACUCAUUCAGGGAUACGCAAAGCUAUUUUACUUGUACGUUAUACAAAAUUUAUCAAACGUUAUUUGAAAGUACGUCAAGCAUCAGCUACACCUGAUAUUAUGGAUGAAUAUCAAACAAUGCGUCGACAAUUUCCACGUUUAGUCGAAUAUUUUCAACAAGAAAUGCUUGUUCUCAAUGAUCAAUCCUUAUAUGAAGAAGAAUAUCGACAUUUGUUAGAUAUUGCUCAAAGAGAUGAUAUUCCUUUGAAUCAAUAUCUUCGUCAACCACAAACAACCAAUACAGCAACCUCAACUAUGGUUACUACCACUGGAGAUAGAUGUUGUAUUUGUUUAACAAACAAGAGUUCAGUGAUUUUAUUCUCAUGUGGUCAUAAAUGUUUAUGUAAUGAUUGUGCUGAUCAACAACAAGAACAAUUAACGAGAUGUCCAUUAUGUCGACAGGAUGUAAUGCUUAAUCAAUAA